CACCACCUGGACACCUGAAGAAGAAGGUAACUACCUCAAAGAGCUUUAGUCACUCUCUGCUUCUACCUUAACCCUCGUGCAGCUCUCCAGGGCAAACCUUACUCAGCUCUGAGCGAUCUUUGCAAGUGGGGCCAAGGAGCCGCCCUGAACCAAAAAAAGAGCAUUAUGUCACCGGAAGCCCAAGUCCAGAGAACCAAAGGACCUCAGCAGCCAUGUCGAAGCCCCACAGUGAAGCUGGUACUGCCUUCAUUCAGACGCAGCAGCUGCAUGCAGCCAUGGCGGACACAUUCCUGGAGCACAUGUGCCGCCUAGACAUCGACUCGCCGCCCAUCACGGCUCGUAACACAGGCAUCAUCUGCACCAUCGGCCCUGCCUCCCGCUCGGUGGAGAUGCUGAAGGAGAUGAUUAAGUCUGGAAUGAAUGUGGCGCGUAUGAACUUCUCCCAUGGAACUCAUGAGUACCAUGCUGAGACCAUCAAGAACGUGCGCACGGCCACGGAAAGCUUUGCUUCAGACCCCAUCCUCUACCGGCCAGUGGCUGUGGCUCUGGACACAAAAGGCCCCGAGAUCCGAACAGGACUCAUCAAGGGCAGUGGCACCGCGGAGGUGGAGCUUAAGAAGGGUGCCACGCUCAAGAUCACAUUGGACAAUGCCUACAUGGACAAGUGCGAUGAGAACAUCCUGUGGCUGGACUAUAAGAACAUCUGCAAGGUGGUGGACGUGGGCAGCAAGAUCUACGUGGAUGAUGGCCUCAUCUCCCUGCAAGUGAAGCAGAAAGGUCCUGACUUCCUGGUGACGGAGGUGGAGAACGGUGGUUUCCUGGGCAGCAAGAAGGGUGUGAACCUGCCUGGGGCCGCUGUGGACCUGCCCGCAGUGUCGGAAAAGGAUAUCCAGGACCUUAAGUUCGGGGUGGAACAGGACGUGGACAUGGUGUUUGCUUCUUUCAUCCGCAAGGCAGCUGACGUGCAUGAAGUCAGAAAGGUUCUGGGUGAGAAAGGGAAGAACAUCAAGAUCAUCAGCAAAAUUGAGAACCAUGAAGGCGUGCGCAGGUUUGACGAGAUCUUGGAGGCCAGUGACGGCAUCAUGGUGGCUCGUGGUGAUCUUGGCAUUGAGAUUCCUGCAGAAAAGGUCUUCCUUGCCCAGAAGAUGAUGAUCGGACGUUGCAACCGUGCAGGGAAGCCAGUCAUCUGUGCCACACAGAUGUUGGAGAGCAUGAUCAAGAAGCCCCGUCCCACUCGCGCGGAGGGCAGUGACGUGGCCAAUGCGGUCCUGGAUGGAGCUGACUGUAUCAUGCUGUCUGGAGAGACCGCCAAGGGUGACUACCCCCUGGAGGCGGUCCGCAUGCAGCACCUGAUAGCUCGUGAGGCUGAGGCAGCCAUGUUCCACCGCAAGCUGUUCGAAGAACUUGUGCGAGCCUCCAGUCACUCCACAGACCUCAUGGAAGCCAUGGCCAUGGGCAGCGUGGAGGCUUCUUAUAAGUGUUUAGCAGCAGCUUUGAUAGUUCUGACGGAGUCUGGCAGGUCUGCUCACCAAGUGGCCAGGUACCGCCCACGCGCCCCCAUCAUUGCCGUGACACGGAAUCAUCAGACGGCCCGUCAGGCCCACCUCUACCGCGGUAUCUUCCCCGUGGUGUGUAAGGACCCUGUCCAAGAGGCCUGGGCUGAGGAUGUAGACCUUCGGGUGAACUUGGCCAUGAAUGUUGGCAAGGCCCGUGGCUUCUUCAAGACUGGAGAUGUGGUCAUUGUGCUGACCGGCUGGCGCCCUGGCUCCGGCUUCACCAACACCAUGCGCGUGGUGCCAGUGCCAUGAAAGCCUGCAGCCGUUCCUCCAGCCACUGUCCCGUCCCGUCCCCCUACCCAUCCAUUAGGCCAGCAAUGCUUGUAGUGCUCCCUGGGGCCUGUAGUAUGGCACUGGUGGGCUGGGACGUUGGUGGAAGAGCUGGAAGAUGACUGGGCACGCCAGAACUCUGCUGCUCAUCAUGUGGCUCUGCCCAUGGCCCCACCCGUUGCACUGUGCGGUUCCUAUAGAAUGCAUCCCCAGGACAACUCCCAAUCCUGGCCUGGGGUCAUGCGCAGACAGCAGGGCCUUAAGGGAAGCUGCAGAUCCGGUUUUGGCAGGUCUGGGCCCCUGACCUCCCCCACUCCCAAGUUGUGUGCAUUGUGCUCACCUGCGUUCCCUUCCCCACUCAGCUGACACCGCCAACAAACACUCCAUCAGCACCUUCCACUUCCCCCACGAGCACGGCCCAUCCAGGCCUGUUGCUGCAGAGCCUGCCUGUGUGUCAAUAAACAGCGGCUGAACA